AUGUGCCAGGAUGCGGCGAAGCUACCGAACGGCGUCAAGGUCCUGUACACUGUGGACGGCCGGGACCCUUUCCUUGCCGGCCAACGCUACAUCGGCCCCUUCACCGUCUCGCAGCCCCGCGUGCAACUCCGAGCUGUGGCUGUGGUCGGCGGAAAGCGGUCGCAAGUGGCAGAGUCGACCUUCGUCAUUUGCCACUGUGCCCUGCCGGAUGAGAUCGUCUUUGGUGUCCUCAGGGCUCAGCUGUUUCCAGCGGCCACGGACCUGAUGUUGAAGUACACUGGCGAGACCAUUCAGCUGCCGCCAGAACGGUUGCAGGCCAACAUCACGGAAGCGGCUGACCAAACGGCCCGAUGGGUGCAGGUAGACCUGCAUGACCUGAAGCCCAGGCACCAGAUUCGCUUCGACCUCGCGUACGCCACGGUGAAGGCGGCGGACAAGAGGAAGAAGUGGACCGACUCCAUCAUGAACGACAUUCAGAAGGCUGUGAGCGAGGCGCCUUUAGACUGCAAGGUGUUUGCGGGCUCGAUUAUCCUCGAGUUCCAGAUGACACGUGAGCAGGCGGACGAGCUCGCGAGACAGAUCCAGGACCCAAGCAGCUGGCUCCUGACGAAGGGGAAGAACCGGAAGGCCUUCCAAAGGGCAACCAUGCAGUCGGUCGAGGCACUUGGGCAACGGCUCAGCGCCACCAGCUUCCGCGAGGAGGUCGAGGAGAGAAUCAAGUCCAAGACCUUCAAGCCUCGGGUCGUGACAGUGGGUCAGGGCGACCGGGGUGCCAUCGCCUGCUUGGUGAAGGACAAGAAGGAGGCCAAGUGGAUGAAGAAGCAGCUCGACAGCGUGGUCAGGAAGCUCCUAGAGGAUGUGGAGUUCACAGAAGUGGUCGAGCACUCUGAAUACCUGGAUGUCGAUUUCAGUGUGGACAUCAUGGACUGCGGCAAAGGAAGAGGCAUUGUCGAAACCCUGCAGAACCCCGAAUCCACGACAAAGAUCGCAGAUUUGAUGGCCAUCUACGAGGGCAUCGACACCAAUGUCUCUGUGGUUAGUCCUGCAGCGUCACGCAAGCUGGCGGACCUUGAGGUGGUUCUCAGAUGGUCCGCGAAGAGCGCGGCGGUCAUGGACGGCCUGGACUGUAGCUGCUACGUCUUCGCUGAGGAGCACUUCCUGCAUUGCGCGAACUUCUCGGCACCCUCGGCCGGCCAGGAUGCCGCUCAGACUGGGAACAAGGACAGCUUCCACAAGGAGGAGUUGACCAAGAAGGUCAAGCGGGCCCUGCGACACUCUCCUCCCGCGAGCGAGCAUGCCCAGGAGGCGCGCAUGAUCGUCGACGUGUCAGCAAUGCCGAAUGAAGUUACGGAUUUGUACUUCGUCAUGUCGACCUUCGAGGCCGAUGACCUGGCGAACUUCACCUCGCCUUCCUUCUCGCUCAUCGACGUUGCGCGAGAGCAGGAACUGACGAGCUACUCCUUCACUCCGACGAAAUCGCAGAGUGCCAUCGUUUGCAACCUGAGCCGCCACAACAACGCCUGGAUCGUCAUGGGUGUGGGUACGCCUUGCAAGGGCGACAGUCGGAAGCCAGACGAGCUCCUGAAGAGGCUUGCCGACUUCCAGGGCCGCCACUUGAACUGGGAGAGGCGUCGCGACCUGGUCAAGCUCCGCGUGCUGGAGAAGUGUGGACGCAUGGCACGCUGCAGCGGGUCGGAGUUCGCGAUGCUCAUGCAGAUGACCAUGGACCUUCCAGUGGCGGUGUUCCAGUCGUUGCUGAAGUUCAUCUGA